CGCGCCUCUCCUCCGUGUAAAGCCUUUGCAUUGGGGUGAAGCCGCAUAAAAGGCUUUCCAUAAUGCGGGCGUGAAGCGCUAGUAAACGGAGGGAGGAGGACCAAGCGGAGGGGGGGUUACCGGCGGGGGGCGCACACACCGAGUCUGCCUGUCAGGCGACUCGGUUUGGAAUAAAAUGUCGAACCGAAAGCACCGGGACAACCAAGAGAUCUGCGCCCGCAAGGUCCGGGAGCUGGCCCAGUCUGGAGUAAACAAACACUGCUUCGAGUGCAACCAACCCGGGGUGACUUACACCGACAUCACGGUGGGCAGCUUCGUGUGCACGUCGUGCUCCGGAAUGCUGAGAGGCCUCAACCCUCCCCACAGAGUCAAGUCUAUCUCCAUGACAACUUUCUCCCAACAGGAAGUGGAAUUCCUGCAAAACCAUGGCAACGAGGUUGGGAGAAGGACCUGGUUGUGUGUGUUUGACCCAAAGGCGGACGGCUGCUCUGACAUGAAGGACUCUCAGAAGUUCAAAGAGUUCCUUCAGGAUAAAUAUGAGAAGAAAAAAUGGCAUUUUUCCAAAAGUAAGAACCGGAGGGACGUAGAGGGUCCUUGGAGUCCAGGGGUCCAGGCCGUGCCCCCUUCUCAUGGUCCCUUAGCAAACCAGGGCCCUUCCCAUAAUUUACCCCCCAAUGCCAGAUCCACAAGGCCACUGUCUCAGUCCCAGCUGCCGUCGUGGGAUCGAGCUCCCGCCAUCUCGCCUGCCGACAUGCGGACGGACGUGUUCACCGCUCGGCCAUCGCGCUCCCAAAGCUUCAGAGACCCCCCUCUGAAAGAUCCGACCCUGUGCGGGAUUGAAAGACAGCGGCCAGGCUCCCUGUCAUCAGCACUGGGAGGUCAGAGCCAUGGCCCGUCAUUCCCUGCCCUUCCACGGCCCUCAGCCAGUAGCUCUUUCAAAAACCACUUCACUUUAGGACGUACAGUGUCAGCCUCGGGGGCCACAGGGCCUUUCAGGGCCUUCCCCAAGUCGCUCAGCGUGGACUUUGGAGGUCUGAACCAUCCUCAGCAGCAGCCUCUGCCACAGUCUCUGUCCCAACCGCAGCAGCAUCAACAGCAGCAGCAGCAGCAGCAGCAGCAGCAGCAGCCUGCAAAUGUCGGUCAGACGACACCGCCGGUCAGCGGCUCCAGCUCCCAGGACAGGUACGCUGCAGUGUCACAGCUGGACAGCGUCUUCUCUGAUACAACAACGGCCCCAGCUCCACCUGGUGGCCCUCCGCAGUACAACGCCAUCUUCGGCAGCAGGCUCUCAUCCAGCUCCACUCCUGCCAGUUCCCCCGGUGUCGAUACUGUCUCCAGCUCCCAAACCUUUGCAAAUUUCCCCAACCCAUUCAGCUCAAGCUCCAGCUCGGCUUCCCAGCAGCCUGUUGCCCUCUCCCCCAGUAACCCCUUCAGCAACGCCUCGGGAGGUGACUCCAGCGCGUUCGUCACUUCGCCCACCUCAGUUUUUCCUCCGUCCGCCUCCUUCCCGUUGCCCGCCACUCAGAAUGCAUUUCCUCAUGAGUCAGCCACUAAUCAGGAAGCCAACGGUUUCGCCUCCUUCCCAGCGUCCGACUCUCAGUCCAAAGUCCCCCGACCCAUGUCAGUGAACCCGUUUACGGGGAAUGUUUACCCCAGUCGGGGGACGUCGAAAAACCCUUUCAUCUGACGUCCCCCUCCUCCUUACUUCCCCCAACCAUCCUUCUCUGGGAACCGAGGGAGAAGUGAACUUGAGGAGUUGCUGCCAUUUCAAUGCCUCUGGAGUAUUUUCACCCUGUUCAGGGAGGGUUGGAUGUCCACGCACCGUCCUUCCCCUGCCCUCCCCUCUGCUCUCUCCCCUAUCUGUCUGUGUUUACGUGUUUGUGAAGGAAAAACAACAAAAAAAAAAUGCGCGAAUGUAAUUAUGGAAUCCAUGUUCGGUAUGUAUGAGAGUGUUCGGCCUGCUGUGUUCGUACCACGUGACAUAAAGUCGAAAGGUGUUCGUGUGCCAGUAGACGCCACCUCAGGGCUCUGUGGGAGUCACGAGUAAAACAACGCCUCUAUGAUUUUUAUUUUUUGUUUUGCAGAAAUGCACACUUACAUGCACACAUAUUACACACACAUGUUGCUGCUGCUAUUUUUGCUUUCAUCUCCUGCUUAGAAGUGCAAAAAAAAAAAAAAAGAAAAUUACGAAACAGCCCCACUGGUAGUCCAUAAGUCGUCUUCUGCUUUAAAACUUUUGAGUCUCUCAGUGGUCCACAGGAGAAGUCCGACGCUGCGUCACGAGUUUCUACACACGGUCUUAACAGCCUUAACAGCCUCCUGAUGCAUGUGAAUUAGCGUUGAAAGAUAAGACAGGCUCGUUUCUGUAGUGUGUGUGUGGAACAUGUCGGCAUACGUCACGGUUUUCUGGUCCUAAUUUAAUUUGGUUUUUUUGUUUCCUCUCAAAGGAUAAUCUACGUUUUCCACUCUCAGGCUGCAUGCGCUUAGAGGGCUAAAAGGAGAUGCUACUGAAUGUAAAAGCAAUUUCAGAAUAACUAAAUGUGUAUAAAAAAAGAACAAAACUUCAUGUACCUGACCAAAAUGUUUUCUCGCUUUUCUUUUUUUUCUUCUUCUUUUUGGAUGACAUGGAGGCGAAGUUUAAUUCCCUUAUUUUGCCAAAAAAAAAAGAGAAAAAAAAGAAGAGAUUCAUGUAACAACGUCUUUGUAACGACAAGUAUUCAUGUUCAUAAAAUCAGUUUGUUGCUUCUUAA